UUCGUCGUGUCUGCCACCUCCAACGCUUACCCACCCCAACAACACUCACCAGCUCUUCCAGCCCCGGUUCCCAGUGGACCGUACAUAACACAAAAAGAAACAAAAAAAUACAGAAAACAACAAGAAAAGCCCGUCCGACGACGACAACCACCCACUCUUCGUCUCGUCCUGUCGCCUAUACCCGACAGACGUCUUGCUUGA